GUGGCAACCGUUGCACCUUUAUACAGUGCAGCUUGAGUGACGUGUUUUUCUAACGACGCUGUUUUCUUUGAGGAACAGAAAUCCUCUCAUUACCGAAGAGCCGCUGCAGUUGUAAAAUGGAAAAUUCGGAUCUAGCGCUUCAUUCGGAUAACGCGGAAGACGUGGCCACGUCCUCUAGUUUCCGUCAGUUUCAGCUCCGACACUUUCAUCUGGAGCUGGACGUGGAUUUUGACAAGAAGAACGUCUCCGGGAGAGAGCGGCUGGAUUUGAAAUGCAUGCGGGACUCCCCAGAGGAGCUGGUGCUGGACAUACACCCCACUCUGGUAGUGGAGGCGGUGUCCUAUUCGCCGGGUAAAGCCGGUAACGCAGACUCGAUCAAAAUCGAGCAUGAAACGCGGAGCUUUACAAGCUACGGGACUUCGCUGGUUUUGAAAUUCCCUGUUCAAUGGAAACGAGGAGACGAGUUGCGCGUUGACAUUGAGUACACUGCAACUGACGGGCCGGGGGUGUGCUGGCUGGAUCCAGAGCAGACCGCGGGGAAGAACAAACCCUUUGUGUUCACCCAGGGUCAGGCGGUCCUGAACCGAUCCUUCUUCCCGUGCUUUGAUACCCCCGCUGUGAAAAGCACUUACACGGCCUCGGUGAAGGUGCCGGAGGGGUUUACAGCGGUGAUGAGCGCGACCUCCCGGGAGCACAGGCAGGCAGACCGCACCUUCCUCUUCAGCAUGGUGCAGCCGGUCCCCUCCUAUCUGGUGGCCCUCGCGGUCGGGGACCUCGUCUCUGCGGACGUGGGGCCCAGGACACGCGUGUGGACUGAGCCCUGCCUCCUCCAGGCUGCUCAGCAGGAGUACGACGGGGUGAUCGAGGAGUUCCUCGCCGUCGCAGAGAAGCUGUUUGGACCCUACGUGUGGGGCAGGUACGACGUGCUGUUCAUGCCCCCCUCCUUCCCUUUCGGGGGCAUGGAGAACCCCUGCCUCACCUUCGUCACCCCCUGCCUGCUGGCCGGGGAUCGCUCCCUGGCUGACGUCAUCGUGCACGAGAUCUGCCACAGCUGGUUCGGCAACCUGGUCACCAACGCCAACUGGGGGGAUUUCUGGCUGAACGAGGGCUUCACCAUGUACGCACAGCGGAGAGUCUGCACCCAGAUCUACGGCGCUGCCUACGCCAGUCUGGAAGCCGCUACGGGCCGAUCUCUCCUCCGGCAGCACAUGGACACCACCGGAGAGGAGCACCCUCUCAACAAGCUGCGUGUGCAGAUCAAGCCAGGAGUGGACCCCGAUGAUACGUACAAUGAGACCCCGUAUGAGAAGGGGUUCUGCUUCGUGUCCUACCUGGCUCACCUGUGCGGGGAGCAGAGCCGAUUCGACGCCUUCCUGAGGGGCUACGUGGACAAGUUCAAGUUCCGCAGCAUUCUGGCUGAAGACGCUCUGGAGUUCUACCUGGAAUAUUUCCCUGAUCUGAAGGAGAAAGGGGUUCACGAAAUCGCAGGGCUGCAGUUUGAGAGCUGGUUGAACACUCCGGGCUGGCCCCCCUACCUGCCUGACCUCUCCCCAGGGAUGACCCUCAUGAAGCCCGCUGAGCAGCUGGCACAGUUGUGGGCUGCAGAGACCCUGGACCUCCCUGCCAUCAAGGCUGUGGACACCAGCUCCUGGAAGACCUACCAGACUGUCUACUUCCUGGACAAAAUUCUGGAGAACUCUCCCUUGCCCACAGGGAACGUGCAGCAGCUCGAGGAGCUGUACCCCAACGUGUCGAAGGCGAGGAACGCGGAGCUGCGUCUGCGCUGGGCUCAGAUAGUCCUGAAGAAUCACCACGAGCCGCAGUUCCACCAAGUCAGGAGCUUCCUGCACUCCCAGGGAAAGCAGAAGUACACCCUCCCCCUCUACAGAGCCAUGUGGAGCGGGACAGAGCAAACCAAAGCCCUGGCGAUGGAGAUAUUCUCCUCUACAGCCAAGCAGCUGCACUCCAACGUUCGCAGCUAUGUGAAGAGAAUCCUGUCCUGAGCCCUGCCUCCUCCAGCCCUCCGGAGAGAGAGAGAUAGUCCUUUCACUUUUUAUAUUCCAUCCUCAACGGACCCCGCAGUUCUAUAAUAAAACAUUCAGUCGAGUUUAUCUUGUUUUUUCCUUUCGUUAAGAUGCUCGCAACGUCAGGAUUCCUCAUCUUCCAUGCUUUGAAAACAAAAGCUGGCAAGUUCUCCUUACGGUUGUUUUCACAGAACCUGCCCAAAUUAACAUCAGUUAGCCCAAGACUGGCGUCUGUACAACUUCCAUUAGUUAAAAUGGCACUAGAAUGAAAAACAGUGUUAGUGUACCAUGCAGACACUUACAGAAUCAACAUUAACCCUUUCUUUAGACCUUACCUAUCAAUUACCCAAGCACUGACGAAACAAACAGAUACGAGACCACAAUGGUUUUGUUAGACUGCAUCUUUUUAUAUGACUGUUAGUACCCUAUAGUGAAUCUAGUUCUUUUUAGUGCCCUAAAUUACAGAGAUGAACACACAAAAGGAUAUGAGUAUUUCUCCAGACUAACCCACAUAAGGCACGACACUUGCUCCGGUACUAACUGCACUUCCAGAUAUUUGCAGUGAGGUUAGCAGCACACUUUCAGGUACCCAGUUUGCACACACGCUGCUGAGCAAGGAGGCACGCUUCUCAAUGCAACCUGCCACAAAACAACAUCCUCGCGUCAAGCUGCCUGCUUUCUGACUGAGCAGCGAAACUCAGCAAGACAUGAGGGGGCUAGACCACAAGUUUGUUUUGUUGUUUAAUGGAAAAAAAAAAAAAACCAACAACUAUAAUUUCUUGCUAAAA